AUGUGGCUGCUCCCACCUCUGCUCCUGCUCCUCGUCCCAGGCAGUUUCUGCAUCUCCGGCCCGCCGUCCACGAGAGGAUCAAGAGGGGACUCGCUGACCGUCCGGUGUCACUACGACGCAGGGUGGGAAACCUACCACAAGUGGUGGUGCCGCGGAGAGGCCCGGCGUUCCUGCGAAAUCGUUACAACCACCGGGUCGGAGCACAGGGUGCAGCGUGGCCACGUGGCCAUCCAGGACGACCACGGGAGGAACGCAUUCACAGUGACCACUGAAGCGCUCCGGGAAAGUGACACGGAUGCCUACUGGUGUGGGAUUCAGAGAAGCGGAGCCAACCCAGGGCACCAGGUGCGCGUGUCCGUGGACCCAGCGCUGCUCUGCUCUGCACGGUCAGGGCAAAUCCAGCAAACACAUUUGCAGUCAGCAGCUAACUUGACUGGACCUAUGUCACCACCCACAGCUAAGCCUGAGACGCCACACCCGCCUGUAGCGCUGACGUCAUCGGCACCGGCCAGACUGGGGGUCUCGCCUCCAAUUGUCCAGAGCGGCAACAGCAGCUUGUCUCUCGCCAGGUCCCUGCUCUGCAACAUCCAUUUUGUGCUCCUGACCUUCCUUAAGGUGCCCCUGCUUGUGGGCCUGCUGUGCGCGGUGAUGUGGCUGAGCAGGCAGCCGGCGGAGGCCCAGGGAAACGAGCUCCGUCUGCGUGGGAAGCCCGCAGCGCCCCUGCCACCGACUCCCCGCCUCGAGCGCGCAGAGCCUGCCGACCGCUUCUCGGGGAAUAAGCAGGGGUCGCCGUUCCAAAAGAGAGGAGGGUCCCCGCUGGGGAGCGGUCCCCCCUCGUCCUGGCUGCAGGGACGCAGUCGGCACAGCCCCGCACCCUGGCCUCCAGCGCAGGAGCAGAGAGCGGAGCAGAGAGCGGAGCAGAGAGCGGAGCAGAGGCGCGGCUCCCCUUACACACCGGGUCCUCGGAGGCACCCGCAGCCUCAGCCGUGCGGGUCCUCCCGCGGCCCCCUGUCCGGUGACUAUGAGGUGGCUCUGCCAGUGGGGGGUGGUGACACUGUCUAG